UCGACAUUUAACGUUAAGUGUGAAUUUAUUACUCACAGAUCACCAAGAUCUUUAAUACUUUAAGGUACUUAUCACUGUAAAAAUCAUUUUAAACAAAGUGGAAUAAUGAAAAGGACUGAGCUUAAAUAUGACGUGGAUGUUUAUGGAAAGCUGAACAUCUGUUAAAAGCUGACAAACCGAUACAAGAUAUAUUGGUUUUCAAUCCAUUGAAGGUGCUGGAUUAAAACAUAAUAAUACCUUUAAUAGAGAAUUAAAACUGACAACAUGAAAGAUCGUAAGAUAGAAAGCACCUUUGAAAUGGAGCAAAGGAAUGGUGAAUCAGAGGUUGAUGGUGUCAAACUUGAAAAGAUUAAACAGGAAAUGAAGAUUUUACGUAGAAAUCGAAUAUGUCAAGCAAUUGCAUUUCUGAUCAUCUUCAUGCUGGAUGUUGCUGAUCUGCUAAGUGACUGGUUGUUAUAUGUUGAUAUAUAUCUAGCAGAGGCAGGUCUAGUCUAUGGGCCACCAGCAAGCAGUAUUAUUAACGCUCUACUGGCAUUCUCCAUCAUCGGUUCCAUAACAUUUAUACUAGAGGCUGUGAAUAUGGGUAAAGAAAUCUUUACAAUGGAAGCAUGGGUUGAUACUGAUCUUAUGUCUGCUAUAAUAAUCUGGAUUGAAGAUGUACCUCAAAUUAUUAUCAAUGUCUUUAUUGCUAUAUGCCGUGAAGAUCCUAUCAGUGUGUUCCAGUUGACGAAAGCCUCUGUUAUCUUACUGAGUCUGGUUAUUCGUAUAAUCGCCUCCCUCAUUCGAUACACUAGUAAGAAAGCCAUAGCUGAAGCAAAAAAACAUACGCACUACACCAACCGCCAUAUUGCUUAUCAUUUCUUUAUUAUGUUUGGUCUCCUUGUUAAUGCAGGAUGUGCGAUAGCUGUCUUUAUCUUCACCCAAACAUCCCGCGAUGCCAGUGGUAACCUCAGUUUCCAAAUCCCUGAUUCUGUAUUCGAGGAUAAAUACAACGAUCAGAGAUAUUUCCAAAAUGUUAGUGUUUAUUUCCAUCAUUCGACCUUUGACUAUGUUGACAGUGAUGCCUCAGACACGAAAGCGAAUUGGAUGCGUUUGAUGAAAAUCAACACCAUUCGUGAACAAAAAAGUAAAAGAGCCUUAUUCAACUAUGAAUAUCAGGAUACGACAGCAGAAUUAAGAAUGGCAUUGUGGGAAAAAAUCAAUGAAGGAAAUUGGGAAGUUCAGGAAUGUUACACUGUCAACAAAGUGACAAAACAAAUAACGAACGAGACUAACUGUGCUACAUUUCUGACUGGAUCAUCCACGUCUGUGAUAUUUCUGUUCUAUUUUGUCUCCCCUGACACAUUUUUCAGGCGCCUUCUUUUUGGUGACAUAAAAUAUAAUUUAAAAGUGAACGAUACAAGUACGUGCAAAAAUGUGGAUGACUUAACAGACUCAAUUGAAGAUGGAAUUGCAAAAAAUCUUCCCACUAUACAUUAUUAUCGUACAACUGAAUCAGAAGUCUAUCAUUUGUUGUCUGAUAAUGGUCAAGUGAGGUUUUACAAGAAUGAUGCUGAUUUUGAAGAUAUAGAGAGUGUAUGGGAGACGGGAUGGGGUAAAUGUGAUCCUACUGGUACACUGGCACCACAUGCUGAUGAUUCUCUACAUGCACCAUGUUAUAAGACAACAUAAAACUUUAAAUAUAUUCCAUUUUAACAUAUAUUAAUCUGAACACAUAGUUCUAUGGAAGCUUAUCACUUGUGUAAAAUCUUUAAUUCUGUUGUACCUAAGAUGACUUCAUAUAAAUACAUGUCUGUAAAUACAGGAGUAUCAAUCAGGUAAAACUAAUGGUUCGUUAUUCGUCACUGGUGACUUAUCAAUAAUAUUCCAAACACUAUACAUGUUGUGACAACAUGCUGUGCACUCGAAAAGAUAUUCCAAAUAGUGACCUUCACCAUCCAAAAACUCAAAAUGUGUAAAUACCACACAUAUUGAAUGCUAAUAUUUUUUCCAUGGCCAGUAAAGCACACGCAUGUUUUGGGUCCUUAACCUGAGAUUUGCAAGCAGUAAAUAUUAUUAAUAUCAAACAGAAGCAAAACUGGCUGUGUGUUUAUUAAUCUCACUGAAACAUAUGACUGGUUCAGCGAAACUAUGUGUCAAGCAGUAAAUACAAACAAACCGGUUCAUACGCCUUUAUAAUUCAUGCUUAGGACGAACCAUAAGAUGUCAUAUUGAAUACCAAAGAGGUCACUGUUUUCCUCAAUUUUAUUAUAUAUCUCUCUGGGAAUGUGUACCUAAUGUACUGUUUAUUGAUAUUUUCUCUAGUAUUGUUUGUUCUCUCUAUGUUUUGUUUUACAGUUUCCCUACUCUGUACAUUAUAUAUACAUCGAUUAUAAACUUUUAAAGUUAACUAAAUUAUCAUCACAAUUUAUAAAUCGACAUUGUCUAUUUUUGUGAACUGAACGUUUAUGGGAUUAUAUAUAUAUAUUGUAAUUAUAAGUAAUAUCAUAUGGACCUAUUUAUAAUAACAGUAAAUAUAAAAACACAAAUUUAUAUGGAAAACAAUCACAGUAAAGAUUAAAAAAAAAGCAUACAGUAUUUAUAAAUAGUACCGGUAGUUACUUAAAUCAAAUGAAAUCAAGUUUAAGUUGUACAGAUACCAAAGAAUUAUUUUUACAAUG